UUUUAGUAAUCUGGUCUCAUGGAUUUAAAUGACAUCUAAACAUCGAAGGAAUGGAAGGUCACAAAUCACAUUGAGCCAAAACGCACCCAGUGUUUUCUUCAGUUACAAAUAAAACGAAUAUGCCCAUGCUGCUACCACAUCCUCACCAGCUUUUCCUAAAAGGCCUUUUACGAGCACCUUUCCGAUGUUACCACUUCAUCUUUCACUCACAGACUCAUCUCGGAUCAGGAAUCUCAUCUGCUGGGCCAUUUAAUUCUCUUGGACUCCAUUGUACAAAGUGGAUGCUACUGUCAGAUGGUUUAAAGAGAAAAUUAUGUGUACAAACAACCUUAAAGGACCACACAGAAGGACUUUGUGAUAAAGAGCAAAGAUUUGUGGAUAAACUUUAUACUGGUUUAAUCCAAGGGCAAAGGGCCUGUUUAGCAAAGGCUAUAACUCUUGUAGAAUCAACUCACAGCAGGAAAAAGGAGUUAGCCCAGGUGCUUCUUCAGAAAGUAUUACUUUACCACAGAAAACAAGAACAAUCAAAUGAAGGAAAACCACUAGCAUUUCGAGUAGGAUUGUCUGGGCCCCCGGGUGCUGGAAAAUCAACAUUUAUAGAAUAUUUUGGAAAAAUGCUUACUGAGAGAGGGCACAAAUUAUCUGUGCUGGCUGUGGACCCUUCUUCUUGUACUAGUGGUGGAUGCUGGCGUACAUUUCAGAGCUGUUGUACCAUAGAAAUUCACAGAGAUGGGCAUGGACUGAAAAGGUUCCAGGCAGACUGUACAAGGACUUUUACUGAUCUUUAUAAGCUGUGUGUUUCAGGAUCACUCUUAGGUGAUAAAACCCGAAUGACUGAAUUAUCAAGAGAUAUGAAUGCAUACAUCAGGCCAUCUCCUACUAGAGGAACUUUAGGAGGUGUGACAAGGACUACAAAUGAAGCUAUUCUGUUGUGUGAAGGAGCGGGAUAUGACAUAAUUCUUAUUGAAACCGUAGGUGUGGGUCAGUCGGAGUUUGCUGUCGCUGACAUGGUUGACAUGUUUGUUUUACUACUGCCACCAGCAGGAGGAGAUGAGUUGCAGGGUAUCAAAAGAGGUAUAAUCGAGAUGGCAGAUCUGGUAGCUAUAACUAAAUCUGAUGGAGACUUGAUUGUGCCAGCUCGAAGAAUACAAGCAGAGUAUGUGAGUGCACUAAAAUUACUCCGCAAACGUUCAGAAGUCUGGAAACCAAAGGUAAUUCGUAUUUCGGCCAGAAGUGGAGAGGGAAUCUCUGAAAUGUGGGAUAAAAUGAAAGAUUUCCAGGGCGUAAUGCUUGCCAGUGGGGAACUAACUGCCAAACGACAGAAGCAACAGAAAGUUUGGAUGUGGAAUCUCAUUCAGGAAAGCGUGUUAGAGCAUUUCAGGACCCAUCCCACAGUCCAGGAACAGAUUCCACUUCUGGAACACAAGGUUCUCACUGGGGCCCUGUCCCCAGGACUAGCAGCAGACUUCUUGUUAAAAGCUUUUAAAAGCGGAGAUUAAUAAAAUUCAUUCCAUGUAAUAAUGUUACAUAUUAUUUCAUAAAUUAUUUUAUAGAAAAAUCACUUAUAUGCUUACAUUUUCAGUAAUUAUUUUAUGGUGCUCUUCUCUGAUUGUGAGCUGUGCUUGAAAACUUGAAGGAAGUUAGAUAUGAAUGGGAAAGUUUAGACAGUCAGGCAGUAUUUAUAAGGUACCUGUUGUAUGCUACUGAUUUCUGUUUCUUUCUCUUCUUAUACCCUGUCAUGAUGGCCUGUAGGGUAGUUUCUUCUUCUUAGUCAAGAGCAGAGAAAGCUGAAGAGAGCAGAAAAUACCUUGCACUUUAAAAUGCUUACUUUGAUUCCAUAUUAUCUGAAAUUCCAGAGAAGAUGUAAACAAGAAUGGCCAUAUUUUUGGAGUCCUUGAAGCCAAAACAACACACAGUGGGUUGCUAUGAGCUGAAAAUCAUAAUUGACAUUUAGUGUACCAGAUUAUUCUAAGAAUUUCUGAAAUCACCACGUUCAUGCGUAAUGAAACAACUGGAGUAAUGUGAUGAUGUGCACACAGUUCUGAAGUCUGCUUGUCUCGAUUUGCAGGCACCCUUCCCCCACUGGUGUGAUAGGUAAGAGAGCCAAAAGGAACUGGGAAAAUCAGCUACAAAUAAAAUGGGUGAUUAAUCCCCAAUUCUUGGACCCAUUUUAUCUGUAGCCAAUUGGAGUAAACCUCCAAAGACGAAGUGAGGUCAGAAUGAUUCAAGGAUUAUUCAGUUGAAGACUACCAAAGGCUUUUGCUUCUCUUCUUCCUUGGCCAUUUCACUUCAUUUUAGCAUUUUUUAAAUCUACUUUUUUCUUGACAGUGAACAACUUUUAUCCUAUAGAGGAAGCAUAGCACAGUGAUUAAGAGCUUGGGCUCUGUAGUUGGACUAUGUGGGUUUAAACUUUAAACCCAAAUCAAUCACAUAUUAGCUAUAUAAGCUAAUCUCUAAGCUUCCAUUUCCUCCCUGGUAAAACGAAACUGGUAAAUAACUUUAUAAGGUUAGUGAAGACUAAAUGAGAUAAUGUAGGAGAAUUACUGAACUAUCAUCAUGGUAUAUAGGCAAUACUGAAAUGCUGCUUACUAUCAUUAUUACAUUAAAGUUAUGGAUACCUGAAACCGUACAAACCUGAUAUGUAAUUUCAGUUUUCUCCCAUGGUCUUGUUACUACCGUCAUCCUUUAUUGAUGUUUUAUGUUUUAUCUUUGAAGAACCCUUUCUAGUUAAUUCUUUGAAUAUAUUUUAUACUAUUCAAUUGUAGUUGUAAUUAUGUACAUUUGAAUAAAGUUUCUAACCAUAAAAUUUCUCCACUGCACAAAAAGCCUUUAUAGAAGUUUCUAACAUAUUCUAUUCUGAACUCUGUAGAAUAUUUUAUGUAGUAUAGCAGCUUGCAUUGUUACUUACCCUACUGUGGAAUCAAAUCUCUUGAGCAUUAUUUUAACAAAUAUCCCUUUAAAUUUUUUGGAAAGAUUUUUGGUACUCCAUUGGCAUAGCUAUUUCAUACAAGGAUUAGGAGAAACUUGGAAAGGUUAUCCAGUUGACUUUUCUGAUUUUAGAAAGGACUACCAUUAAGCCACCCAGCAGACAAAAAAAACUGGUUUUAGAAACCUGAGAGAAGGAAUUUGAUAAUUACCCUGAGUAAGCUGUUACAGGACAUAACAAAUCUCCUGCCAUAUGUGGGACAGUGUAAGUAGCACUGGAGCACACACACACACAUAGAGAAGGUAGGAAAGGUGGAAGGACUUUUGUUAGCCUUAAUUUUAAAGCUAAAAGCAUUUCUUCUCAGUUUGAACUACUUUUAAAUGUUAUAAAUGUCAUCGUAAAAAUCAUUAGAAAACUCCCUUCUCCUUAUGUUGUCAUUGUACCAUUGGGUAUUGUAUAGAGACCAAUUUCUAAGAGAUUUUUCACCUCUCUUUCUGUUACUUGCCGUACUGGAGGUAAUAUAAUAAUAAUGAAAUGUAGCCUUCUUUUUCAACUCGGAAAUCCUAUUCCCUCUCCCCAUCUGUGAUUAUAUUGUGCUGGACUUCUGACUUGGUCAAAAGCAUAGGUUUUGACUUAGAUACAUGUGGGGUCAGAUCUCAGCUCUAUCACUAACUAGCUAUAUGAUUUUUGGCAAGUUUUUUCUUUAUAUGCACCAGUUUCCUUAUCUUUAAAAUUAAGAUAAUAGCUACUUUACAGGGUUAGAAGAAUUAAUUUAGAAAUUAUAAAGUGCUUAGUACUCAACGAUUGGUAGGUGAUGGUGUAAAUAUUUUACAUAGAUAUUUGUGACAGUUCUGUGUUCUACAGAAUAGACUAAUAUUUUCAGAUUCGCCAAGCUACUUAAUUUCUCUGUGCCUCAGUUUCCUCACUAUUAAAUGGGGAUGACAUUAGUAUCUGUCCAGAGCAAGACUAUUUUAGUAUUACAUAUAAUCCUUGGAUAUAAGUGCUGAUGAAGUUUGGAUAUCUGUCCCCACCCAAAUCUCCUGUUGAAAUGUAAUCCCCAGUCUUGGAGGUAUGGCCUGGCGGGAGGUGUAUGUAUCAGAUCAGAUCUCUCAUGAAUGGCUUGGGCCAUCCUUUGGGUGGUAAGUGAGCUUUUGCUCUGGGUUCACAUGAGAUCUAGAUCUGUUUAUUUAAAAGUAUGAGGCACCUCCCCCCGACACUCCCUCACUUGCUCCUACUUUCAUCAUAUGACAUGCCUGCUCCACUUUUACCUUCUGCCAUGAUGUAAGCUUUCUGAGGCCUCCCUAGAAGCUGAGCAGAUGCCAGCACCAAGCUUCCUGUAGUCUGCAGAACCAUAAACCAAUUAAACAUCUUUUCUUUAUAAAUUACCCAGUCUCAGCUAUUUCUUUAUAGAAAGAACAGCCUAGGACAAGGGCUAAAUACAUAUUUGAUAAUAAAGGGUAGUUAUCUCUUAGAACUGUUAUGAGGAUUAAAUGAAUUACAGUAUCCAUUCAUCUUAAAAAGAUAAUUCUGAAAAAGUCUCAUAGGUUGACUUUGCCUUGUCAAGAACAUAAUUACCAUUAACUUCUGUAGGUAGGAAAAAAAUGUCCUGAGCUCCAAAACUGACAGACAUUUUGCUAAAAAAUAUCAAAUCUCAUUAAAAUGAUGAGAGUUAUUUUAAUAGCUGGCAUUAGCUAUCCCAAUGCAACCUAACAGGGCAUUUACUCUCCAUAAUCACUUGAUCAUAUGGCUAUUUACCUGCUUUCCCUAAGCUUUUAUAGCUAUUGCCCAGUGUAUACUGAAGACAGCAGCUAACGAACAACAUAUGUAUGAUAAUUUAUGUAGCUAAACCUGUGAUGCAAAAAAAAAAGCAGGAAAAAUCAGUGCAAAUCAUCCAAACAUUGUCCUCACCAGAUAGACUGCCAUCAUCGAAGUCAUAAUGCUACUGCUAAAAACUAGUAAACUACUAGUAAACUGUGAAGACAGAAGUAACUCCUGUGAUCUAUACGUUUGUGCAGAUGGUGGAGCUUUGCUGCUCCUAAAGCCUGAGAAAUGCAAAUGUGGCUUCGUUAAUGCAAAUGCUUCCUACGCCAGACUUUAUGAAACUCCUCCUAAAGUUGAAUUCUUAUCCAAGUGGGCAUAUGUUAGGGUGCCAUUGUAAUUCAGGUAGAGUGUCAGAGUGGAGGCUGGCACCAACAGUAGACGUUCUAAACAAUAGCGUUAUUCAGGUAAGACUACAAAGAUGAUGAACAUGUCAAAACUUUAAAAGGAACAAUCAGAAAAACUCCAACAUAUGUUUUUCUUUCUAUAGUAUUUUAAUUAAAAUUUACUAAAUUUAUGAACAUUUUUAUCCCGCUUGAGAUGAAUACUUAAUGAUAGUUCUUGUUCCAUGAAGUUUCUAUAGAUUUGCUUUGUCAUUUGUGGUAUGUUUGAUAACAAAAAUAUUAGUGGCAGAAAAACAGUUAUAUUGAAUGCUUUUGUUUUAGAGAAAAUUUCACUCUGUACUAGCAAUGUAGAUGAUGUGAGUCAAAAUUUAUUAAUACUUCCCUGAAAAUUUGUGCAUAAAAGUAGCCUUGAAGCAGUUUAUUCUCCUUAGCCCUCUCAGCUUCUUGGUAGAAUAAGGUGAGGACAUAUGUAAGUCAGUAAACUAUUCUACUGUUAGUAAGGUCAAAGGCUUAAUCUAAAUAAUUAUGCUUUUAACUAACACAGAGGAAAUCAUAUGACCUCAUUCUCAAAGCUUGUAACAUCCACCUGGCCAAUCUUGAGAUGUGGAUAGAAUUCUUUUUUUUUUUUCAAUUUUCACAAUAAUUUUUGACAUAUCAAAGCUGUGCAUGUUUAUGUGGGCAUAAUUCGAUGCUUCAAUACAUGUAUAUGUUGUGUAAUGAUCAAAUCGGAAUACUUAGCAUAUCUGUCAUCUCACGCAUUUUUCAUUUCUUUGUGGUGAGAACAUUUAAAAAUCUUUUUUUCUAGCUAUUUUGUAAUAUAUGGUACCUUACUGUUGUGAAUCAUGGUCACCCUACUGUGCCAUAGAACACCAGAACUAUGCCUUCUAUCUAAUUGUAACUUUGUACCCAUUGAGCCCCUUCCCUUCCUUCCUUCUGCUCUCCCCUUCCCAGUUUCUGGUAACCACUGUUCUCUUCUCUAUGAGAUAAACUUUUUUUUUUAAGAUUCCACGAGUGGGAUCAUGCAUUAA